AUGAGUAACAGAGAAUACGACUAUUUGUUUAAACUUGUUAUUAUUGGAAAUAGUGGAGUUGGUAAGUCCUCUCUACUUUUUAGAUACACUGAAGAAACAUUUAGUGAAAAUUAUAUCUCCACUAUUGGAGUUGACUUUAAGUUAAUUCAAAUUUUAAAAUAGAUUUAAAACAUUUAAAAUCGAUGGCAAAGGCUUAAAACUAUAGAUUUGGGAUACUGCUGGUUAAGAGAGAUUUAGAACUAUUACAAAUACAUAUUAUAAAGGAGCUGAUGCGUACAAUAAUAUUUUCUAAGCAAUAGUAUUGUCCUUGUAUAUGACACUACAUGUUUGUAAUCAUUUGAGGAAAUUGAAAAAUUUUGGACAGAUGAGAUAUACAAGCAUGCUGGAAAGAAUACAACAAUUCUUUUAAUUGGAAAUAAAAGUGAUUUACCAAACAAAGCUGUUACUACAACAAAGGCUUAAGAAUAUGCAAAAGAGAAACUUAUGUUAUUUUAUGAAACAAGUGCUAAAACAUCACAUGGAGUAUCACAAGCAUUUGAAGAAUUGUCAAGAUUGCUAAUAAUAAAAAGAGACAUGAAUUUAGAAGAAAAAAAAAUAAAAAGAAAAUUAAAAAAAGUAUAAAUUCAUUCAAUUUAAAGAAUUCAUAGUCUGCUGAUAUUAAUAAAUAACAUACUUUUGAUACUCAAAAUGAACCAUAAGAGAAUAUUAAUUUAUGGUUGAGACCUAAUAGAAAAUUAGAAGAUGGAAAAUAAUAAUAAAAAUGUAAUUGUUGA